AUGGCACUGAGAGCAGCCAUACUCCGCCAUGUUCGCGUGCCACUUCAAGCUACUCCUAAAUUGCAACCAUGGAAUGGUUUCUUUCGCUCCAUGUCUUCACACGACGAUCAUAUCACCAAAGAAGAAGUCGUCGAUCGAGUACUCUCCGUCAUUAAAGAUUUCCCCAAAGUGGAUCCUUCCAAGGUGACUCCAGAAGUGCAUUUUCAGAAGGAUUUGGGUUUGGACAGCUUAGACACCGUGGAAAUCGUAAUGGCACUAGAAGAAGAGUUCAAGCUUGAAAUCCCAGACAUGGAAGCUGAUAAAAUCGACUCUUGUCCGCUUGCUAUUGAGUACAUUUCUAACCACCCAAUGUCUAGUUAA